AUGGAGGAAGAAGUAUUGAAGUUCUGGGAGGACAUCGAUGCGUUCAACCUGAGCUUGCAGAAAGCCAGAGAGAGUAAUGAUGAAAGGUGGGUGUUCUUCGACGGGCCCCCGUUCGCUACAGGGAUGCCGCACUACGGCCACAUCCUGGCUGGAACGAUCAAGGACAUCGUCACUCGCUUCUGGUCGCAAAAUGGCAAACUCGUGGAGAGGAAAUGGGGAUGGGACUGCCAUGGACUUCCGAUAGAGCAUGAGAUCGAGAAAAGUUUGGGGCUCAAGUCCAGGUGUGAGAUAUUGGAGAUGGGCAUCCCAAAGUUCAAUCAAGAGUGCCGCAAAGUUGUGAUGAGAUACUCGCAAGAGUGGAAGCGAAUCGUGAAGCGACUUGCGAGGUGGAUCGAUAUGGAGAAUGACUACAAGACUUUGGAUUUCAAGUACAUGGAGAGUGUGUGGUGGGCGUGCAAGGAGCUGUUCAAGAAGGGUCUGAUCUAUCGAGGCUUCAAAGUCAUGCCUUAUUCCACGGGGUGUGGCACAUCGUUGUCUAACUUUGAAGCAAACCUCAACUACAAAGAUAUCACUGACCCUGCAGUGGUGGUAAGUUUUCCUCUGAUGGAUGACACGGAUGUAUCUCUAUUGAUAUGGACGACUACCCCAUGGACACUUCCAUUCAAUCUCGCAAUCUGUGCAAACCCUGACCUGGAGUAUGUGGAGAUUGAAGACAAGAAGAUGAAGAACAGGUACAUUCUUGCAAAAUCAAGACUCGCACAGCUGUAUGGGAAGCAAGUUGAAAACUCCUGUAAAAUCCUAAGGAGCUUUCCCGGCAAAGAGCUUGAGGGCAAAGAAUAUAUUCCAGCAUUUGAGUGCAUGAGGGAAUAUUUUCAACUGAGCCUUUUGCAGUCAUUCAAAUCAUCGGGAUUUCGUGUUGUCACGGACACGUUUGUGAGCUCUGACAGCGGAACAGGACUUGUGCAUACUGCUCCAGGUUUCGGUGAAGAUGAUUUUCGAGUUUGUCUGGAGAAAGGGGUCGUGUCCAAGAGCGACACAUCGAUCUGCCCUUUUCGAAUAUUUAUCUUGGAUGUGACGUUCAGAUACACUGCGGUGAUGGAGACGUUUCAAGGUCGAUUUGUCAAAGAUUGCGACAAAGAUAUCAUUCAGCAUCUCAGGGAUGCGGGGAGACUGGUUCAAACCAACUCGAUUGUGCACUCUUAUCCAUUUUGUUGGCGAUCAGAUACACCGCUGAUUUACAAGGCUGUACCGAACUGGUUCGUCAAUGUUGAAUCCAUCAAAGACAAGCUGUUGGCAAACAAUGCCAAGACAGAAUGGGUUCCAUCGUUUGUAAAAGAGAAGAGAUUUCAUAACUGGCUUGAAGCAGCUCGUGAUUGGGCCAUCUCAAGAAACAGAUUCUGGGGGACUCCCUUACCCAUCUGGCACAGCGAGGACUGGGAAGAAAUUGUGUGUGUAGGGUCAGCCGAGGAACUUCAACGGCUGUCAAACGUGUCCCUGUCUGACCUCCACAGAGAGUUCGUGGAUGAAGUCACUAUCCCUUCAUCUCGUCCAGGACAGGCACCUCUAAGGAGAGUGUCUGAAGUGUUUGACUGCUGGUUUGAAAGUGGUUGCAUGCCGUAUGGACAACUACACUACCCGUUUGAGAACGUUGAGCUCUUUGAACAAACCUUUCCUGCCGACUUCAUUGCUGAAGGAUUGGACCAAACACGCGGAUGGUUCUACACGCUCAUGGUGUUGAGUACCGCACUAUUUGACAAGCCAGCCUUCAAGAACGUCAUUGUCAAUGGACUUGUGCUUGCAGCAGAUGGGAAGAAAAUGAGCAAAAGAUUGAAAAACUAUCCUGAUCCUGAAGAUGUUAUCAACAAAUAUGGCGCCGAUGCUCUCAGAUUGUAUCUGAUCAAUUCUCCGGUUGUACGAUCAGAGUCGCUCAAGUUCAAAGAGGAAGGAGUGAGAGAUAUCAUCAAAGAUGUCUUUCUGCCAUGGUACAAUGCAUACAGCAAUGUUAUGGACAAGUGGAUUCAAUCAACCUGCAAUUCUCUUGUUGCUUUUGUCACAGAGGAAAUGAAAGCUUACAGACUGUAUAAUGUCGUAUCAAGGCUUCUUCUUUUUGUUGAAGAUCUUACAAACUGGUAUGUUCGCAUGAAUCGUAACAGAAUCAAAGGGGCUGGAAACGAUGCACAAGAUUGUCUGAUUGCACAAUCAACUUUGUUCAAGGUCUUGUCAACAUUUACACAACUCAUGGCACCAUUCACCCCUUACAUAUCUGAACAUAUCUAUCAAAACUUGAAGAGUGCCAUGUCAGAAGAGGUUCGAUUGCAGAGCAUUCACUUUUCGCGGUAUCCACAAACCACGAGUGGAGCAGAAAACAAGACUUUGGAAACGAGCAUUUUGUACAUGCAGAAGAUUAUCAUUGCUGGCCGGACAGUGAGAGACAAACGUCAGAUAAGUUUGAAGACUCCUCUUCGCUCCGCGCACUUGAUUGUAGCCGACCAAGAGCAGGAGACAUUCGUAGCUCCUCUCAAGAGUUACAUCCUGUCGGAACUCAACUUGCGUGAUCUUACGAUCAGUCGGGAGGAUGAUGACAAGACCUGUCUUAAGGCCCUGCCCGACUCGAAGGUCCUGGGGAAGCGACUUGGCAGCAAGUUCCGUCAAGUAGCAGAAGCGAUCAAGUCGAUGAAGUCGGAGGAGCUUAUGAGACUGAAGAGGGAGCAAAAGAUUGAAGUCUGCGGUGAGACGAUCAUGCUGGAGGAAGUGAAAAUCUUUCGCGAAUUCGUGGGGAAGGAGAACAAGUUUGAGACGACGGUUGACGAAGAAGCGCUCGAAGAAUCGUUUGCAAGGAAUUUCAUAUGUCACGUUCAGAAGCUCAAAAAAACUUCACAAGUAAGCAGCUGCUAA